AAUGGUACAAUCAGGAGCAGCAUACCAUUUUCAGAUCCAUCGUGGCGCCGGGCAGUUGGUUCUAGGGUUUUAUUAGGGUUUGAUAAAAUCCCCAAUCAACAAAUUGCUCUGUAAUGGCCACCAUCUCUUUCAUUCCCAAAUUUCCAAUUCCCUCUGAUUAUUGAAAUCGAACAUGGAGAAAGAACCAGUUCCUUCAUCAAUUACCGAAGAACCACAACCCAAAAAGCUGAAAAUGUCCACCACCACUACUUCCGACGACGAAGAAUACGCCGCCGGCGCCGGAGAUGGUUCUGCUCCGGAGAGGAAACCUAGAUACAAGCGCAGGAAAGUAGCAAUAUUCUUUGCUUACUGUGGAGUAGGAUAUCAGGGUAUGCAGAAGAAUCCUGGAGCAAAAACAAUCGAAGGAGAUUUAGAAGAAGCACUUUAUCAAGCAGGUGGUGUGCCUGACCAUGAUAAAUGUCAACCCAGAAAGUACGAGUGGGCUCGUUCUGCUCGUACUGAUAAGGGCGUUAGCGCCGUGGGUCAAGUUGUUUCGGGUCGGUUUUACGUCGAUCCGCCUGGUUUUAUUGAUCGGCUUAACUCCAUUCUCGUUCCUCAAAUCCGGAUCUUUGGGUUUAAACGUGUAACGAAUGCGUUUAGUGCUAAGAAGUUUUGUGAUAAGCGUAGGUAUGUGUAUUUGGUUCCUGUUUUUGCUCUUGAUCCAUAUGCACAUCGUGAUAGAGAAAGCGUGUUAGCUAGUUUAGGAUCUGGAAAAGAGCUUGCUAAGUGUUUAAAUUGUCCAGAAAGGGGUCGUAAAGUCGUUGGAGUAAUGGGUAGACGUGUUUUCGAUCCAAUAACUCAGUCAGUUAUUAUUGUUGAUGCACCAGUAGUUAAUGCAAAUGAUCCGACUACUGAUACAAAUAUGGUAAUUGAAAAUGAAGCUUCUUUGAGUGAGAAGGUUGAAGAAAGGAAUGGUGAAGUUGAAGGAAGCAAUGAAAAUGCUAAAAUGGAAGAACAGGUGGAAGAGAGUGUGUUUUGCUAUGGAGAGAAAGAAAAAGAGAGAUUUAACAGAAUUUUGAAGUACUAUGAAGGAACUCAUAAUUUUCACAAUUUCACAACUAGAACAAAAGCUGAUGACCCUGCUGCCAAGCGAUAUAUCAUUUCCUUUAAUGCAAAUACUGUAGUUAAUGUUGAUGGCAUUGAUUUUGUGAAGUGUGAGGUUGUUGGUCAGAGCUUCAUGCUUCAUCAAAUCCGUAAAAUGAUUGGUCUUGCUGUAGCUAUCAUGAGAAAUUGUGCUCCUGAAUCGUUAAUUGUAACUGCCUUCCGAAGGGAUGUCAACAUCAAUGUUCCCAUGGCGCCUGAGGUUGGAUUGUAUUUGGACGAAUGCUUUUUCACCUCAUAUAACAGUAAGUGGAAGGACACUCAUGAAGAAGUGUCUCUGAAAGCUUAUUUAGAGGAGGCAGAAGAAUUCAAAAUGAAGUAUAUCUAUAGUCAUAUUGCAUCGACAGAACAAAAAGAAGGGACAAUGGCUGUGUGGCUGCAUUCCCUGAACCAUCGUAAUUACCCUGAUCUGCGUGCUGUGGAUAUUGUUAAACCUGCUGGUGGUGGUCCGGAAGUUGUUGAAACUGCUGUUGAGGCUGGUUUAGGUGCUGUCAAGAAUGGUGAGAGCACCGAUAGCGUUAAUUCUACUGGUGCUGGUACAGAAGCUGUUAAAACUGUUGUUGAGGCUGGUUUAGUUGCUGUCAACAAUGGUGAGAGCACUGGUAAUGUUAAUUCUGCUGGUGAUGGUUCAGAAGUUGUUAAAACUGUUGUUGAGGCUGAUUUAGUUGCUCUCAACAAUGGUGAGAGCACCGAUGCAAAGAAUGGCGAGGCAGCGCACGAUGCUGAUUUGGUCAACUCAUAGGCUAUGCUCUAUCAAACAACUCUGUGCAUCUCGUGCACCAAUAUCAUGUAAACUUUUUACUUCUAUCAUAUAUGGUGUUCUAUUCUUUCAAGGGAUCUCCAUGGAGCAAAGACAGAGAAAGCUCUUGAUCCUUCUAGGAUAUGUCAAAAUUUAAAUCUUGAAACUUUGUUAAUUUUGUUAUAGUGCUUCAAAUGUUAUGGUCGAAGUGAAGCAAUACGCUUUAGUUUUUGCUGAAGUGAACAAACUGUAAUUUGGCAAAUUACAUGUUCUUAUUUAAACAUUGAUAAUUUGACAUGGCAAGCUGAACUUUUGAAGUAGCUAUUCGCAAUGGUUUUUCAAACUUUAUAUAGUUGUAUGUUCCUCUGUGUUGCUAUGUGAUGGUUAAUAUUUCCCUAUUA